UAAGCGCAGUACUGUUUUAUUUUUUAUAUGAUACUUUGCUUCUAAACCUAAACAAAUUUGGGGAAAAUUGACUGUAUUUAGUAAUGCUUUGAACAUGACAUGUCUCCAUUCUUAAAACAGGAACUUUGAAAACUUCAGUAUUAUUACACAGUACAGCUGACAGUUAGAAGGUGUAAAGUAACAGGCACAAGAAUCAAGAGACCGACAAGACAGAUGACUAUCCAAGAUCUGGUUGCUCUUGUGUGAACAUAUCAAAAAAGAAAAAAAAUGUCAGCUGUUGCAUCUUUAAGUAGUACUGAAGAGGUGAUCACCUCCAGACGCACAGAAUCGCUCGAUGCUCAUGAAAUAAGCAAACUGAUCACUCCUUCAACCACAGGGAUGUUUGGAAGAAUUAAUGUACUUUACUUGCUGGAAAAAUCAAACCUAGCAGUAACCCUUGAAAAUGACAAUAAGGAGAUCGUUGCCCAUGCUGCAUUUCUCGAUUAUCCCAAUCACAGUCUCGCUGACCCUGCUGAGUGGGUCCCUUGGAUUCAAAGUAAUUACAAAAGUAAUGAAUACACUCCCUUAAACACUCUGUUCAUGCACUUAUUUGUGGCACAAGCUGAUUAUGCUUUAGAAGGUGCUAAAGAAAUCAUCAGAACCGUUUUCAAUGCUGUCCCAGAACUACAUUAUAUAUUUCUUUUCAUUCCAAGCACUGUUUCUUUAGAGUCAUCACUGGAAGCUGUGUUUGAGCCUGUCCUAGAUCCAGAAACAGUGUGUCAGUACACUGCUUUUAUUGCUCAUCGCCAUCUGCAUUUCCCAGUACUUCGGGUCCGUAAGGCGAGAGUUGAAGACCACGAUGAUCUCAUUCCUUUGUUCACACAGUAUAACAGUGAUCUUACGGCUAUGUAUGGAGAUUACUUUCUUGCUGAGCUGAUUGAAGCACAGAAUGAACAAAACCAUGCUGUGGUGUGUGAGGUACGAGGUAAAGCAGUGGGAUUUAUGAGUGUCUGCAGUGAUGUCAAUGUAGAAAUGCUGAAUCAAUGCUUCAACUUAAAACCAUUUCAUGGACUGUAUGUGCCUGACCCUGCAGAUCUACUGGAACCACCACCUGAAUUAGAAGCUGAAUCAGCAAAAAAACAGCAUAGUACGGUUCCACAAAGUCCUGAAGCUGGACUAUCAGAAGAGAAAGAAUGCAAGAAUGAGGCAGAAAGUGACAAAAAGAAAAAUCAAGAUGGAUGGAUGACAUUACAUCUACUUACAAAUAUGCUUAAUAAGAAGGAAGCCAUCAUAACACCUGAUGCUGAUAUUCCAGCAAAGGGGGACACUACAUAUAAUUUGAAAUACUCAUCUGGUAUCUGCAUGGAGGAAGCUGACAAGAAAAUCUUCCAUCCAGUCUACAAGGGUUCUUCAAAUGCAUUUUGUAUUCAGUUGUUUGUUAUUGAUGAAAAAUAUGAAAUGAGGUCACAGGAUUUUUUACCAUUUGUAUUUAAACUGUUCCCGAAUCGGGAUUUUUGUGUAAUAACAGUACCAAACAUGGUUCCAGAAUUUCCUCUGCUUCAGUCAUUUGCCAGAGUCAUUCCAUAUCAUUCUAGCACUCUACCUCAAGACCUUUAUGUUUUCCAUCGAUCUGGGCUGAUCAGCCCAUUUAUUAUAAGAAAAGCAAAAUCCAUAGAUAAACCUGGAGUGGAAUGCCUGAUUAGUAAACUCAGACUGAACACGUCUAUAUUAGAGAAUCUUAACAUCUUUAAUGAAGCUCGAAGACAUCUAGAGGGAACUCCAGUGCAGGCAUUUGUUGCUGAAGUCAUGGAUCAAAUUGUGGGUAUUGCAAUAAUUAAAAAUGAAGAGGAUAUAAAUUAUAUUCGUUCACAUUAUAACAUUGAGGAUUUCAUCUACUUUAGCUAUCAUACUCAAGAGGAGCACGGAAGGCUUCUGCAUUUUGCAUUGAACCCUAUUUUUCAUCAUCAUCGUAAGCAUUUCCUUAAAGAGAUUCUGAGGCUUUCAUACAAAUCAUGUAUCUACCAUACAGUAAACCAUCAACAAGAACAGGAUAAGAAUGCCUAUGCCCAUUCGCUGACAUCUGCCCUUAAUUGUAUGGUUCCUGUGUGUGCAAGACGACAGAUUGUCUAUCCUCUUGAAGAACUUGGCAUCAAUGCUCCAUCCAGGCAGGUCUCCAAGGAUCAGGUGACAUAUGCAUUGUACCAUUUCAACAGAAAAUUAACCUUGGAGCCAAAAGUAACAAUUAACGCAAGAAUUGUUAUUGUGGGAGCUUCGGAUACUGGAAUUGCUUUUCUGGAGAAGCUAAUUUUUCGACCACACCUGAAGUUUAAUAACAUUACCUUGAUUUCAACUCAUGGAAUCCCAACUUCAGACAACUGUGAUCGUCAUGUGUUUUUGGCAAACAGCCACUGCUACAAUGAUAAGGACUAUGCCUUGCUGUCACUGCAGUCCUGGGUUAACGUGGUGAUAGGAAAGAUGAAGCGGAUAGAUAGGGCUGCCAAACAUGUGGUGCUGUCGGAAGGCAGGAAGGUUCCCUAUGAUCACCUCAUACUUUGCACUGGAGAACAAUACCAAGUCUGUAAUCCAACUGGAGUUGACAUUAACAAACUGUUAACCAACAGAGAGCUGUCUGUUAAUCUGAAUCAGAUAUAUACUGGUCAAGUGCCAUCUAAUCUCUUUACAAUAAAUGAUAAGGAAGACUGCCUGAAUGCAUACAUCUGGCUUCAAGAAAACUUCACAGACAGAGAAGGGAAUGUUAUAGUUUAUGGAAACACACUUGAUGCUUAUACCACUGUUGAAGCCCUCCUUUCACUUGGAGUAAUGGGCUCUCGUAUUCAUCUAGCAGAGCCACCUUUGGAAACAAAUGUAACUUGUUUCAACAACUUCACAGUAGAGAGUGCUGUUGAUGAAGCCUUAAAAAAAUCUGGCGUGACUGUCUAUAAAAAUUGCAUACUGGCACAGUGGAAUGAUGGAAACAAUCCAGAACCUAUCAUGUCAGCUUCUUUCACUACAGAUACAAAGCCUUUCAAGCUUCCGUGUUCAGUUUUUAUUAAUUUUUACAAGAAAAAAGUUCCUUAUGAAACAUUUAAAGCUAUAAAUGAUGCCUGCUUGGUGUAUGAUGGCAAGCUUGUGAUUGAUUCCAAUUUCCACACCAAUGAUCCAGCAAUCCGAGCUGCUGGUCCAUUAACAAAGUUUGCACAGUGCUAUUAUGCAGAUGGUUGGUCUCACAGCAUUUUUAACUCUAAAGAGGUUGGAUACCAACUGGCAACCAUACUGCUUCCUUUUUUCGAUCCCACUCUCCCAGUUGAAGACCCACCAGAAGAUCCAGAGAGACUUAUCCCUAUGUAUCCAGUCCCAAAGAUCCAAGGAUGCAAACUUCCUGGUGGCUAUUACUACCUCCAUGUGGCAAAGCCUGGACUUUCCACUCCUCUGGCAGCACAGAUGUCUCAUGCAAAAUAUGGAACAGAAAUCAUUACAGGAAGUGCCCAAACUGGAAAUUACUUCAGACUUCACCUUAAUCAAUACAGCAUGGUAGAAACUAUUACUUGUUUGUCUACAGAACCUUUUCCAUCUUCAAAUUACAUUUGCCUAUAUGGACAACACGAACAGCUUCUCAACAGAUUUUGUGAUCGUCUUGAAGAUGGACUGAUAACAAAUUUAUACAGCUACUUCAAGGAACCAUGGUGUCUGGCCAUAUAUCAUGAUCGCUUUAAUGAUUUCAAAAGUGAAGUACACCAGAUCAUGUCAGCUCGACAGAUGGAAGACUCCCCAUCGGUUACAGAACUGAUACAACAAGUAAUGGAAGAGGAGCACGACCUAUUAAGUGAACCCAAAGAAUUCAUCAGGAUGAAGGCUUUGAAAUGCGGCUUUAAACGUCCUGUGGAAAAAUGUGUCCUAAAUUAUCUGAAGUACAAUAGCUACCAUCUGUCAAUGUAUGCCCGACCUGGGCUUAUCUAGCCAUGCCAGGUUCUGCACACUAGAAAAUACAUGGAGACCACCUUUACAAUGGCAGUGUUGCAUUAGUUCAGAAUAGUAGAAUUUUGAAAAAGCAAUCAAAAAAAUUACAUAUUGCCUUGUACUUUUUCUCUGUAACUCGUUCAUUUUUAUAGCAAAUGCUUUCUAUUUUUUAUUGUACAAAAGACCUGUAUGGGAAGAAGUAGAAAACUGGAAUGUCAUGGGAAGCCCACAGAUUGCUUUUACAUAUAUUUGUAAUAACUCAGCAACUUCCGAUAGAUAGAUAGAUAGAUAGAUAGAUAGAUAGAUAGAUAGAUAGAUAGAUAGAUAGAUAGAUAGAUAGAUAGAUAGAUAGGCUCCACAAGUAUAAACCAAAUCUAUAUAUACACACAAACACAAACAGCAUGUAACAAAACUGCAAGUGUCCAAUAAGUGCUGAAGUUCUGGAUUUACAGGCAACUUCAAACACAUUGUAUUCCAUUCUUUCUUAACAGCAUACCACAGACAGACUAAAGGUAAACAUGGAUGGCUUUAAAGUUUUAUUUGUGCUGCUUUUUUCCACUUACAGUAAAUUGUGUUUAUUUGUAAAAUACAUCAUUAUUUUCAUUGUUAUACAUAACAUUAAUAAAGUGA